UACCUUUGUCAAUUUCUUGCGCUCCCGUUGAAACGCCUGGUUGUUGUUUCCCCGGGAUAAGAGGAAGAAGUUGUUCAACACGCGCUGUCGGAGGUUUGGGAACAUCGAGAGAGGAUAACAGACGCUAAGCCGAGGAAGUUUCACUUUCUUCUGUGACCAGAGGACGAUCUGUGAAACUGAGAGUAUAGAGAGUAGUGGGCUGAAAGCCAGGGGGGGAUAUAACCUACCCAUCACCUUGUAGCACAGCGCGGUGUGCAAGCGGCAGCGGUGCAACUCCUCGAGCCAGCAGCGUGCAACACCGCUCCUCUGGAUUGUAUUGCAAACAAGGGAAUGACAUAAACAUACACAGAGAUGGUUUACUACCCGCGGGGACCUUCAGAGACCACAGAGACACUACUGCUGCUGCUAUUGCUGUGAACUUGUAUGUCCUAAACCGUACAGACCACAAGGGGGAUUACAAAAAGUGCUUAUUCUUCUUAUUACCAGCAAAGGGAUUAAUUAUGCCGGACCAAAUCACAGUUUCAGAGUUUGUGGCAGAGACGAAUGAAGAUUAUAAAUCGCCGACUGCCUCUAACUUCACCACCAGGAUGUCCCACUGCAGGAAUACAGUGGCUGCUCUGGAAGAGGCUCUGGAUGUGGACCGAAGUGUUCUGUACAAGAUGAAGAAGUCUGUGAAGGCCAUCUACACGUCUGGUCUGGCCCAUGUAGAAAACGAGGAGCAGUACACUCAGGCCCUGGAGAAGUUUGGAGAAAAUUGCGUGUACAGAGAUGAUCCUGAUCUGGGUUCAGCUUUCCUCAAAUUCUCCGUCUUCACCAAGGAGCUCACUGCGCUUUUCAAAAAUCUGUUCCAAAACAUGAACAACAUCAUCACAUUUCCUCUGGACAGCCUGCUGAAAGGAGACCUGAAAGGAGUCAAAGGGGAUCUCAAAAAGCCUUUUGACAAAGCUUGGAAAGACUACGAAACAAAAGUCACCAAGAUAGAGAAGGAGAAGAAGGAGCAUGCGAGGCAGCACGGGAUGAUAAGGACUGAAAUCAGUGGGGCAGAAAUCGCUGAGGAGAUGGAGAAGGAGAGGAGAUUCUUCCAGCUACAGAUGUGUGAGUAUCUCCUUAAAGUCAAUGAGAUCAAAAUCAAGAAAGGGGUGGACCUGCUGCAGAACCUCAUCAAGUACUUCCACGCACAGUGCAAUUUCUUUCAGGAUGGUCUGAAAGCUGUGGACAACCUGAAACCAUCCAUGGAAAAACUGGCAACAGAUCUGCACACGAUUAAGCAGGUGCAGGAUGAGGAGAGGAAACAGCUGACUCAGUUACGAGAGGUUCUCAAGUCGGCGCUACAGGUGGAGCAGAAAGAGGAUUCACAGGUGCGGCAGAGCACCACCUACAGCCUGCACCAGCCGCAGGGUAACAAGGAGCACGGCACAGAGCGCAGCGGGUACCUUUACAAGAAAAGUGACGGGUUGAGAAAAGUGUGGCAGAAGAGAAAGUGCACAGCGAAGAACGGAUACCUCACCAUCUCACACGGCACAGCUAACCGGCCGCCGGCUAAACUCAACCUGCUCACCUGCCAGGUGAAACACAAUCCUGAAGAGAAGAGAAGCUUCGACCUCAUAUCCCACGACAGAACGUAUCACUUUCAAGCAGAGGACGACCAGGACUGUCAGAUCUGGAUUUCGGUGCUACAGAACAGUAAGGAGGAGGCAUUGAAUCAGGCCUUCAAAGGGGACCAGCAUGUCGGCGAGAACAACAUUGUGCAGGAGCUGACCAAGGCAAUCCUGGGAGAGGUCAAGAGGAUGACGGGAAAUGACGUGUGCUGUGACUGCGGAGCGCCCAACCCGACGUGGCUGUCCACCAACCUGGGCAUCCUCACCUGUAUUGAAUGUUCUGGGAUCCACAGGGAGCUUGGAGUCCACUACUCCAGGAUCCAGUCCCUCACUCUGGACGUGCUCAGCACCUCAGAGCUCUUGCUGGCCAAGAAUGUGGGGAAUGCAGGCUUUAAUGAAAUCAUGGAGGCUUGUUUAAGUGCUGAAAAUGUGGUGAAACCCAACCCAGCCAGUGACAUGCAGGCGAGGAAAGACUUCAUCACAGCCAAAUACACAGAGAAACGUUUUGCUAGGAAGAAGUGUCCUGAUGCGACGUCGCGGCUCCACACGUUGUGUGAUGCAGUAAAGGCCCGGGACAUCUUCUCGCUCAUCCAGGUCUACGCUGAGGGAGUUGACCUCAUGGAGCCUAUACCUCUGGCCAACGGACACGAACAAGGGGAGACAGCCCUUCAUCUCGCAGUCAGAUUGGUGGAUAGAACAUCUCUUCACAUCGUCGACUUCCUCACACAGAACAGUUUGAAUUUGGAUAAGCAGACGGCCAAAGGCAGCACAGCGCUGCACUACUGCUGCCUGACCGACAACAGUGAGUGUCUGAAACUGUUGCUGCGGGGGAAGGCCUCCAUAGAGAUCGCUAAUGAGGCCGGGGAGACACCGCUGGAUAUCGCCCGGAGGCUCAAACACCUACAGUGCGAAGAGCUGUUGAACCAAGCGCUGGCAGGGAAAUUCAACGCCCACGUCCAUGUAGAAUAUGAAUGGUGCCUGCAGCAUGAAGACUUGGAUGAAAGUGACGAAGAUCUGGAUGAGAAGCCCAGCCCUCACCGCAGAGACGAGCGUCCGGUCAGCUGUUACACCCCGAGCAGUAACUCCCACAUCCAGGCCAGUCUGGGCUCCGCGGGCCGCGACGCCAUCGGCCUCGCCAAGGACAAGCAGCGUGCCUACAUGCCCAACCUGGUCAACAACGAGACCUAUGGCACCAUCCUCAACACCAACUCGCCUCAGUCUGCCACCACCUCUGCUCCGCCCCUGCCCCCGAGAAACCUGGUCCAGUUAUCCGGUCUUGCAGGGAUUGGUCAGUCUUCCGCAUCCAGCAGCUGGAAGCCUGGUUCUUUAGACCUGGGUGGCCGACAGAGGUCGUCCUCAGACCCCCCCAACAUGCACCCUCCUGUUCCCCCCAUAAGACUCACUUCAACCGGAGGUCUUGGUCCUCCUGUGGCAAAGAUGGAGGCCAUGAGCAUACAGUCCAAGUCGAGCCAGGGACCACCGGGGUCCAGAGCAGUGCCACCUAAAUCCCCUGCAGGCAACGAUAAAAGCUUCAACAGACCUCUAAAUCGAACUACAUCUAUUGAAAGACCCGCUAAGGAAGUGCCAGGAUGCCCCCAGAACAUGGGUCAGUCUCUGCCUCCAGCCCCCACGCCGAGGAAGGCCUACCCAAAGCAGAGGCCGAAGCGAGUGAAAGCCAUCUACAACUGUGUAGCCGACAACCCAGACGAGCUGACCUUCUCUGAGGGCGAGGUGAUCGUGGUGGAUGGAGAGGAGGACCAGGAGUGGUGGCUGGGCCACAUUGAAGGCGAACCGAUAAGAAGAGGAGCCUUCCCGGUGACAUUUGUACACUUCAUUGCUGACUGAAACAUUCCUCUCUGGGUCUCAGGAAGUGUCGCGGGAUGCAGCGCCCCUCCUUCACUCAUCUGUCCAGCCAGCUAGCAAAAACAUCCACCAUCGUCCCAGUAUUUGUUGUCGACAUCUUCAUCAUCUGUGAGCUUCUUAAGAGUGUCACUGCUGGAUAAC